ACACAUGAGUAUGUCGUAUGUGCGCGCGGUGGAGUGUGCGUGCGCGCACGCAUAACAUCUCGUCCCGUUGGUGUAUCGCGAAAACCGAAACCCCUCGUGAUCCAGUGCGAUGCCUCGUGAGUGGAGCGGAGCGCGCGGCGUUCAGGUACACGCGCACCGCGCUCGUGUGAGUUUCAUACAUGAAGAAGAUGUUAAAGAGACGACGUUACCUUUUGCGCUUUCAAGCGCCACGCAGUGGAUAUUGGAACCUGGACGUCAACUUUGAAUUUCUAAAGCUUGGGAGUUGGAGGGCAUCUGAAGAUGACUUUAUUUUGCACUUUAUGUUUUAAAGUUAGCAAAAAUGAAGUUUGGUAAAAGCGUUUGUAUCAUAAACGUGGGUGGCACCAAGUAUGCUUUUCCAAAGGACGUAAUCAAGGAUUUCCCUUUGAGGAGAGUAAGUCGUCUCCACAGUUGCGCAUCGGAGAGAGAAGUGCUGGAAGUGUGCGAUGAUUACGACCGGGAACGGAACGAGUUCUUCUUCGACAGACAUUCAGAAGCUUUCGGCUUCAUCAUGUUUUACGUGAAGUACGGAAAAUUGCGGUUUGUCCCACAUAUGUGCGAGCUGUCGUUUUACAACGAGAUGAUUUAUUGGGGUUUGGAAAGCUCUCAUCUGGAAUUCUGUUGCCAGCGGAGACUCGACGAACGCAUGUCCGACACCUACACUCACUUUAGUGAGGAGGACCUCAAUGAUGAGUUUAGGACGACGGAUGAGGCGUCAAACCGUGCGGACGCAAAACAGGAUUCAAAGUGGCUGGAGCGGAUGCGCAGGACUUUCGAGGAGCCCACGUCCUCUCUCGCCGCACAAAUUUUGGCGUCGGUGUCGGUCAUUUUUGUCAUUGUGUCUAUGGUGUUACUUUGCGCGAGCACUCUUCCUGACUGGAAAACUGCCGAGAGCAACACAGUGGAAGAGCACAGGUACACUGACUCUUUAGAGCAUCCAUCCGGGAUCAUUGAGGCGGUCUGCAUCGGCUGGUUCACGGCGGAGUGUAUCGUACGAUUCAUCGUGUCACGAGACAAGUGUGAGUUUGUGCGGCGUCCGCUAAACAUCAUAGACCUUCUGGCCAUCACGCCCUAUUACAUCUCUGUCACCAUGACGGUUCUCACGGGUGAGAACUCUCAGCUACAGAGGGCUGGUGUGACGUUACGCGUGCUACGCAUGAUGCGAAUCUUUUGGGUCAUCAAGCUAGCCCGUCAUUUCUUGGGCCUGCAGACUCUGGGGCUCACGCUGAGACGCUGCUACCGCGAGAUGGUCAUGCUUCUGGUCUUCAUUUGUGUGGCCAUGGCCAUAUUUGGGGCACUGGCGCAACUGCUGGAGCACGGCCUGGAUCUGGAGUCUGGGAAUGAGGAUUACGCUAGCAUUCCUGCCGCCUGCUGGUGGGUUAUUAUCUCCAUGACGACUGUCGGCUAUGGAGACAUGUACCCCAUCACUGUGCCGGGACGCGUGCUUGGUGGCCUGUGCGUCGUGAGUGGUAUAGUGCUCUUGGCACUUCCAAUCACCUUCAUCUAUCACAGCUUUGUGCAGUGCUACCACGAACUCAAGUUUCGAUCGGCUCGCUGCACCAGAAGCCUCUCCGCAGAGUUCCUCAACUGACUGACGUCUGCUCCCUUAAGUUUACAAGUAAUCUGACUCAAUCGGUUAAGAAGUCAAUGGCAUCUCCUGAGGCACUUCAAUCACCUCAAGAACACUGUUACCAGAUUUCAGUAUGUGCUGUAUCAGUUACUCAAGGGGUUGGAGGAGGCUACCAUGGUGAUGGUAGCGUAGAGGCCAGAUGUCCUUGUCAGGUACAUACUGCUGGAGGGCAGCUCCUUAUCGUGGCUCAACAACCUCUCACUCCGAGUCUUACAGAUACACGUAUUACGCAGAUCAUGUGGCAUCCCGCCAAAGGAUUUAGAGCUUGAAUGCCAUUUAGCCAGCCCACGGUGUUGGCAAGCACAUAGGAGAGAAAUAGCUCAAUCAUCUUGUCACCGGGGAACCUUUCUCUUUGAUGAUGCCUUUAAUUAUUAUAAGCAAUGAAGUUUUAAAUCUGCACCAAUUUUAUUAGCGUUUAAAAUAUCAGAGGCGAUAAAUCCUCUCUUUUUAGUUAGCUAUAAACAAGGAAAUCAUGAUUUAAAACAUGAAUUUGGUUACCCCCGUACUUUUUUCAGGGUAAAUUGUUUUGUAGGACCCAAUUCAGUGUGACAGCAAACCUCCAGAGAUAGUGGGAGAGAAAGAGCAAGAACAAAGAGAGAAUUACAAGGACGGAGUGAGAGUUGUGUGGGCAGCUUACAUAGAGCAGAACAUAACGGGUCAUGGAGAGAGAGUGCUGUCAUGGAGAGAUGGGUGCUGUGGAUGGCACCACGCAGUGCAUGUCGAGUUCUCCCAGAAUCCGUUACCUGUGAGCGUCCUCUACGGCUCUGCCUGUAUUCAAAAUGGAGAGAGAGAAAAGCCUUGAGGCUUGUGCACAUCUGGGUUUCACAUAAUACUGUAAGGCUGUAGAGAGAUCUUUCGUAACACAACCACCUCAAGUCUUGUUUCCUCCCCAUGGAGUCACCCAUGGCACUCACUUCUCCCCGACCCACUGCUGUCUCUACCUUGUUGUGGCUCUUAUGUUCUUAAUGCUCUUAAACAGACCCUCACAAAAAUGUUUUUUCGAAUUGUGUCAUGGAAAGGCUUCUGAAAACUUGUAAAUACUGUUGACUGAACUGGGUCAACAUACGCUCAAAACUGUCCCUUUAUGCUUGCAAAAGUGUAUGUUAAAUCUUUGAUCCACUUUAUUUUAAAUACAGAAUGUCUUUUGUCUUCAGAGAAUUUGUCAUUAAAAUGUAAUCCCAUGCUCAUCCUCUACAA